AUGGAGAGGGAAAUUUUAAAAAAACUGGAUUUCAGGCUGGAGUAUCCCUUGUCAAUUCAUUAUUUGAGGAGUUACGGUAAGAUUGCUGGGAUGCAGAGUAUACAUCACGUUUUAGCUGAAUAUUUAUUGGAGCUGGCACUUUUGAAGUAUGGAAUGAGCUAUGUGAAGCCUUCACUGCAAGCCUCUGCGGCUUGUUGUUUAUCAAUGGGAAUUUUGGAUGACGUUAUGAACUUGUCAAAUCUGUGGAUAUCUACGCUCAGUUACUAUACGGGGUACGAUUAUGCUAAGUUGGAAGAUGUUAUAGUGGGCUUCGCUAACAUUCUGGUUGAAAAUCACUCUUCCAGUUUGCAAACUGUUAGAAGGAAGUACGCUGGCUCAAACUGCGCGAAUAUAAGUUUGAAUCCGUUGUUGAAGGUAACUCUUGUUAGAAAGCUCGCCAACGGGACGUCGAACAGCUGGUUAUGGUGA